UUGUGUCACGUGAUAACGCCAUCUUACUGUGUAGACGAUUAUUUCCGGAAAAUCUUAUGGUGGAAAAAUCCGAGAACAUCUGUAAGACUGUGCAUUGUUUUGGACUAACAGUGACUUAAUAUACAGCAAAGAUGAUUAAUAAUACGAUGUGGAAGUUGCGGGAGCUGACGGAUAAAGUAACCAAUGUGGUUAUGAAUUAUUCUGAGGUGGAGACAAAAGUAAGAGAAGCUACAAAUGAUGAUGCUUGGGGACCACAUGGUACUUUGAUGCAAGAAAUAGCUCAAUAUACAUAUCAAUAUGAAAACUUUCCAGAAGUUAUGGGUAUGUUGUGGAAAAGAAUGUUACACGAGAAUAAGAAAAAUUGGAGACGAGUUUAUAAGUCACUUAUUCUCCUAUCGUAUUUAAUAAGAAAUGGAUCAGAAAGAGCUGUAACUAGUGCAAGAGAACAUAUAUAUGAUUUAAGAGCUUUAGAAAAUUACACAUUCACAGAUGAAAAUGGUAAAGAUCAAGGCUUAAAUGUUCGUCAUAAAUGUAAAGAAUUAUUAGAAUUUAUUGGUGAUGAUGAGAGAUUACGAGAAGAGCGUAAAAAAGCAAAGAAAAAUAAAGAUAAAUAUAUAGGAAUGUCUGGUGAAAGUAUGGGUUAUAAAUCAUACAAGUAUGAUCCAGACUCCGGGUACAGUAAAGGUACUAGGAGCAGGGAUGAAACCCAAAAACUUCCUGGAUUACGCUCUGAUAAUGGUACUUGUAGCCUAUUGACCAAGAGUGAUAGAUAUGACAGUGCACCUCGUGGAAGAAGUAAACUAGAUGAUAUUGAUGACUGGGAUCAUGAUAAAAAAUCGGUAGCUAGUGAAGCAUUAGAUAAAGUUAAAGGUUUAUGGAAUAAUGCCCGAGGGAGAAAAGGCAUGGAUAUGAGUGAUUUUAGUGAUGACCCUAUAGAUAGAUAUGAUACUAAAGACGAAGAUGAUUGGGAUAGAGAUAGAAGACCAGCUAAAAAUGAAUUUAAGGAUGAUGAUGAAGAAUAUACAUCAGUUGAAAGAACACAAACAACCACAACAGAAAAAAUUACCAAAAAUAGAAGAUCAACUCGUGAUUCUAAAAGAUCUCUAGAUUUAGGUGCGGCAUCAGGUUAUGCUGAUUCUAAGUCAGAUUCUCAAAGUCAAAGUUCAGCAACAGAUUCUGUACCUAAUUUAUUAGAUAUUGCACCGAACAAAACCUCAUCUAGUGAUUUUUUUGCUGAUUUUCAAACAGCUAAUGGUAAUAGUAAUAGCACAGAUGAUUUUAAUCCUAGGGCAGUUGCAGUGCAAUCUCCGAACUCCAAUGACUUUGGUGAUUUUACUCAGUUUAAUGCUACAAGUCCUGUUGCAAAUGGUAAUCAAGAAGAUUUUGCUGAUUUUUCCAAAUUUGAAGCUGGUGCCCCAUCUCCAACUAGUCCGCCUCCGUCGAGUGGGUCUGGUGAUUUAAUGGGUAUGAUGAGUUCGCCAACGGGUGCUCCUCUUCAACCUGUAGCUCCAGUGGGUCUAAGUACACCACCUAUGUCCUCACCGUCCAUGGUUCCUGGCAUGAUGCCAACGAUGACUGGUAAUAACAUGAUGAAUCCAAUGGGAACACAACCAAUGAUGCAAUCCCAGAUGCCUAAUGCUGGCAUGAACAGUCCAGUUAUUAAUCCCAUGGCAGCCAAAACAAGCAUGGGUAUGGGAAUGCCAAUGAUGGGACAACCUGGUAUGCCUAUGGGGGGACAGAUGCCUAUGGGGGGACCGAUGCCUAUGGGUGGACAGAUGCCUAUGGGAGGACAGAUGCCUAUGGGUGGACAGGUGCCUAUGGGAAUGAUGGGUAAUAUGCAACAGCCAAUGAUGAUGAACCCCGGUAUGAUGCCCUCAAUGCAGAUGCCUAUGGGUGGCGUUCAGACAGGAAUGUCUUCAAACACUAUGAUUCCAUCAACGGGGGGAACACCAAAAAUGAAAACCACAGAAUUUACUAGUUCCUCCAAGAAUACGUGGUCUGAUUCCGGUGUAAAUAUAAAUUUAGAUACGCUUAACCCUGCUAAUAGACAGCAAAAACCUUCUUCACCUAGCAUGAACCAGUUACAACAACAACAAAAUAUGAUGAAUCCAGGAAUGGGAGGUGGUGUUUAUUCACAAGUUCCAACCAAUCAGAACAUGGGUCAGUUAAAUCAAGGCAUGUCUAAUUUAGCUAUGAGCAGUCAACCAAAUCAGAUGCGCAUGAUGUCACCAACCAUGGGUAUGGCAGGUAUUCAACAACAAGGUAUGAUGGGAGGUAUGGGUAAUAUACCUCAAGGCACUGUGGGUAGAAUGUCAACUAGUACAACUGGGUCUUCAUCAUUUCAACAACGAACUGAUGCAGCAUUUGCUGCGUUCGGAUCUAUCGGAAAAUAAAACUUACUGUUAGGAGAUAAUAAAAUAAACAUUCUAAAAUAUCCAGUUCAUUCUAUAUAAAAGCCAAGCUUUAAUUCCUCAUUCUAAUGGGUAUAUAUAUAUAUAGUGAAUAUCCACACUGUAUUAUCUAUAUGCCUACCAUACAUAGAUUCCUGUAUUUAUAACAUUCUGUGAUCUAUAUAUCUUGUGGGGGCUGCCAUGUAGUCAACAUAUAUUUGUGUGGAAAGUUCGUGAUAGUGAAAAUAACCUGUUGUUCUCUAUGGGCAUUCAUGAAUAUUAACUAGACUGAUGAGAGACCAAUGGUUAGUCUAUGUCUGUUACUAUCAUUCAAGAACACAACCCUAGUGUUUCAUUUUGUGAAUUUGUGAAUUAAAUAAUGGCAAAAGUUGAAUGUGAUUAAAAUCCAUAGAAUGCAUCAAUUCCUCUAUUUAUUAUGUUUCAUGAUUUGUGUAUGUCUCUGAUGUAAACAUGUAUGUCUAAUAGCAAAUUGGCUGACUCUAAUGUUUUUGUAGAUGUAUAGCUUAGGAACCACUUUCAUGGUACAUUGUUUCUAAAAUACUUAUAUUUUCCCAAAGAGUAACUUUCAUCUCAGAAAAUGGAGUAUCAUGGAAGUGGAUCCAGAUGCCUGGAAUAAAUGAACAGAAGAUAACUAUUGUAUUUAAUAUAUGUAAAAACAGAUUCCAAGAGUGUAAGAACAAAAUAUUGACAUCAUUCCAUAUGUAUUCUAUUCAGCAAUUUCCUCAUUCAUUUCGAUCUACAAAGUCUUAUACAUUUACUUUCCAUAGAGAUUUGUUAUUGAUGUGCAAGAUUUAUCCGCAAAAUACAUUUGUGGACGUAUAUUGCCGUCACCCCCGUCCGUCCGUCUGUCCGUCGUCCACAAUUUCUUGUGAACGCUCUAAUGCCAAAAGUUAUCAUCCGAUCUUUCUGAAAUUUACAUGCAUUAUUUAAAUUAGUGAAACGAAGAAGCCUAUUGAUUUUCGACAAUUUCCGUUUAUUACGUCUAGAGUUAUGGCCCUUGCUUCACUUUAUUGAUCCUUGUGAACGCUCUCACGUCAAAAGUUAUCAUCCGAUCUUUCUGAAAAUUAUAUGCAUUUUUUAGAUUGCUGAAACGAAGAAGCCUAUUGAAUUUCAGCAAUUCCCGUUUAUUACGUCUAGAGUUAUGGCCCUUGUUUCAUUUUAUUGAUCCUUGUGAACGCUCUAACACCAAAAGUUAUCAUCCGAUCUUUCUGAAAUUUAUGUGCAUUAUUUAGGUUACUGAAACAAAGAAGGCUAUUGAAUUUCGGCAAUUUCUGUUUAUUACAUCUAAGAGUUAUGGCCCUUGUUUCACUUUAUUGAUCCUUGUGAAAGCUCUCACGUCAAAAGUUAUCAUCCGAUCUUUCUGAAAUUUAUUUGCAUUACUUAGGUUACUGAAACGAAGAAGGCUAUUGAAUUUCGGCAAUUUCCGUUUAUUACGUCUAAGAGUUAUGGCCCUUGUUUCACUUUAUUGAUCCUUGUGAAAGCUCUCACGUCAAAAGUUAUCAUCCGAUCUUUCUGAAAUUUAUUUGCAUUACUUAGGUUACUGAAACGAAGAAGGCUAUUGAAUUUUGGCAAUUUCCGUUUAUUACGUCUAAGAGUUAUGGCCCUUGUUUCACUUUAUUGAUCCUUGUGAAAGCUCUCACGUCAAAAGUUAUCAUCCGAUCUUUCUGAAAUUUAUAUGCAUUAUUUAGAUUGCUGAAACGAAGAAGCCUAUUGAAUUUCAGCAAUUCCCGUUUAUUACGUCUAGAGUUAUGGCCCUUGUUUCACUUUAUUGAUCCUUGUGAACGCUCUAACGCAAAAAGUUAUCAGCUGAUCUUUGUGAAAUUUAUAUGCAUGAUUUAAAUUAGUGAAAUGAAAAUGCCUAUUGAAUUUCAGCAAUUUACAAUAAUUACUUCUAGAGUUAUUGCUCUUAUUUCACUUUGUUAAACCUUGUUAAUGCUCGAUUGAUAAUCCGAUAUGUAUGAAAUUUAUAUGCAUCAUUUAAAUUUGUGAAACAGGUCUAUUGAAUUUCAGCAAUUUCCGUCAAUAAUUUCUAGAGUUAUGGCGAUUGUGAACGUUUGAAUGACAAAUGUGAUCUGUAUGAAAUUUGUAUGCAUUAUUUAAAUUAGUAAAACGAAAAAGCCUGUCAAAUUUCAACAAUUUCUGUAGAUUACUUCCAGAGUUGAGACCCUUGUUUCAGUUUGUAGAACCUUGUAAACCCUCAAACGACAAAAUUUAUAAUCUGAUCUGUAUGGAACUGUCUUGUAAAGGCUCCCAAUUACCACAAAGGAAUAAAUAUGCGACAACCCUUGACAACCGCUCGGACGAUUUAGCUGCUGUGGGCGUAUGUUUUGUUGCCUGGCAACCUAUCUUUAUAUGGAUGUGAUAUUGAUAAUGAACAAUAUGUUUAUUAUACAUAAUAUAUUAAAUAUAACCAGAAGAUCUCCUAUAUAUAUAAUGUAUAAUGACGUACCAGAAAAUAUUUUCUAAAUAUUACCAUUAUAUUAACUGUUACUUUAACUAGUCUAUUUAGAUGAAUUUAUUUCAACAGUAUUUUAAUAUGUAUACUUAAAGGUCAACAUAUCAAAUUCAUUGUUUCUGUCUGUAGCUGUUGUACCUAGUAGUAUCAGAAUAGUCAAAUAUUAUUAUGGUGCAUUUAUACUUAUAGUAAAUGUGAAUUUUAUGUUUGAAAGUAUAUAGAUGUUUUAUAAAUGACAUAUAAGACUGUAUUAUUAAUAUCAGUAUUGAUAUUAACCCCAGGGUUUAUCUGUUUUUAUCUGGUAUCAGGUAAUUAAUACAUUUGUUUCAGAUGAAUACCUUACUAAUUACAAUAUUGUGGUAUUUGAUUUUGAUUUCUUAAUUGGAUGUUAAAUAAUCGAUCAAAGUGCAUAUUUAGCGUGUAUUGAUAAUCAGUAAGAAAUUUGAUAUUUUAACGAAAAAGCAAACACUGCAUCAAACUUUUAAUAUUACUGUUUAAAACUGAUAUAUUAGUUUAUAGAUAUCAACUAUUGUAUAAAACUCAGACAGGUUAUUGUUUGUAAAACAGAUAUAAACUAUUGUAUAACUAUCUGCUGUAUUAUUACUAUAAGCACUUAUUAUAUAGCAUUGUUUAUACGGUGUAAAAUAUACAUGUAAUUUGUGAUUUAUAUCACAGAUUUUCUGAAUGAUGUGCCAUUUCAACCGCAAAAGAUGUUCUAUCUUAAAAUUCCUGGAGAUAAAUGUAGCUUUCAUUUGAACAGCUUAUGGUAGCUAUUCUGACCAUCUGUCUGCUGUUAUAGUUAAUUACGCAAAUGCAUAUCCUACAGCAAGCUGCCAUUUACGCCAGGAGCUAAUAAAAAGCAUGUGAUAAGGUAGAUGAGCUGACAAAUGUGAGCUACUUUGGGAGGAGGAGAAUUUAAACUAGCUUAAAUUAACAUAACUGGUGUUUUUAAGAUAUCUUAACUGUGUCCGUCUUAAUGGGAUAGUAAUUAGACUCCUGCAAUAUGUGAUGCAUGCAGGUCAGUUAUAUAAUGAUACUCAAAUAAAUUUUCUAUUAAUAUUUCUCUUGUUCUUAUAGCGAGGUAUAAAAUUGUGUAAAAGGAAUUUAUGUGAACAUAUUAUGAAUGUUUGAAUAUAUAUAUAUAUGGUAUUGUCAAAGAUUUAAUGUAUAUAGGUGAACAUGAAAAACAAAAUAUAAUGUAUAAUAUAGUUUUGUAACAUAUUUCAAAUUCAAGGUACAAUAUUGGAUUUAUGACAAAAAAAUGAUCUGCUAUUUUUAUUUAUUUGGUUUUAAUACCACUUUGAUAAAGAUAGUCUUAAUUAAUAGUAGAAGUGGUAUCUAUUAUAUAUUAAAUAGAACAUAUACAUGACGAUUCACUAAUAUCUAGUAAUUUUGUAAUCUCUACUUAAUGGUCUUAUGUAUUAUGGGGAAACUGCAUCAUUAAGGAAAUUGCUAGUACAAGUAGAGUAAUAUUCAUGUGUAUUUCAAUCAAUAUUACCAAGGGUUUACAUUCAAACUUCAAAUUUAAAUUAUUUUUUUGUGUGUGUGGUUGUUUCAUAAAAAUCAUGAGCAAAUUUUUAAAAUUUGAAAAUUGAUACAUACCAGAAUUUUUAGACAUCUCUCAAUGUUGUUAUGAUUGAUUUUAAUGUGAAUAAACUGAGGGUGAAACAUUUUGUACAAAUUUUUCGCAUAUUGAUUCUAAAUCUGUAUAUUAUAUUAUUUGUUAUUAUAUAUGUAUAUAUUCUAAGUUGUAAUAUUUUAAAUGAUUAAUUAUUAAAAUAUGGUUAUCUAAAAUUCUUAA